UUUUUCAUUUUUCCGUUGUAUUACUUCACUUUUUCAGAAAACAUCGAACAGAUACAGAAAAGAAAGUUGUUUAUAUUCUUAAUUGCAAUAAUACCCCUGCCCUAAUUAACUCCACAAAUCAACCUUGUUCAUAUAUGCACACCGGAUAAUUUUGUCAUCAGUUGCAGCAGAUGCAGGUACCUUUUCGGUGAUUUGUAGAUCUGUGAAUAACAACGUUUUGACGAAAGUAUAUAUGUAGCCGAAAGUAAAUCAACUAGGUGGUGGUUCUGAUGAGAAGUACCGAUGUUAUUGGCAGUAGAAGGAGGAGGGUUUUUCUCGUCUUCAGCAUCCGGAUAUAGUAAGGGACUUACCCUUCUUCUAUUGGGUCAGAAAAACGAAGAAAAACCCAUGAGAGUAACACCUUGGAGUCAGUACCACUUGGUGGACCAAGAGACCGAUCCUAAUCUCCAGCUGGCUUCCAAGAAAAAUGGGGCAUGCGCUUCCUUCGUGUGCUUUGGCCGCUCUAACACUGGACUCGAAAGCCCGUCUCCUCUGAAAGUGGGGCCCACCGAAAAUCAAGAGGUUUCGCAGGCAGAUGUAGUUUUUGACGAGAUUAAAGAUAUCACACACUCGGUGACCACGAUGGAUGAUGAUGAUGAUGAUGAUGAUGAUGAUGAUGAUGAUGAUGAUGAUGAUGAUUGCGAUAGGAGUGUAUUUAGUCUUAAGAGUAGCUUGAAGAAAUCGGUAGAUAGUGCUCCGAUUGCUGAUUGUGGGAAGGAUGAAGUUGUAACUUCUCAAACGGAGAGGAGGAAAGUGCAGUGGACGGAUAUAAGUGGGGGCGAGCUUUUUGAGAUUCGAGAAUUUGAGAUGAGUGAAGAUGGAUCAGACGAUGAAUUUGAUCAUGGAAAUGGAAAGGCUUGCUCGUGCAGGAUAAUGUAGAAACAAUUUGAGCCAGCUCGAGAGACUGUAGCUUACGUAUUCUUGCUUGCUUUCCAGUUUUGGUGAGAUUGUUUUUUCUAUUCUCUAGUUGAUGUAUAUUCAUGUUUCUGCAGUAACGAUGCUGCUUACGAUUCCUGGUUUUUGUCUUUGUAGAGGUAGGUCUCUUCGACAUAUUUUCUUAUUAUUACUAUUAUUAUUUUUUUUGUAAUUAUUCCAAUUAUUUAUUAUCUGGGGAUUUGAAGAUCCUAUGAAAACUUUGUUGCUGUAUUUUGGUAUUGAUAGUGGU